AUGAAGUCCUUUGCUACCGUCGCUCUCUUCAUCGCCGGCAUCCUCGCCGCCCCGCAGCCGAACAUGAAGCUCCCCAGAAGCCCCGUCUGCUCUGGCCUCACGUCCACCCCUCAGUGCUGCGCCACCGACGUUCUCGGCGUCGCAGACCUUGACUGCCAAACCCCUUCCAGCCCUGUGCCUGAUGCCCAGACUUUCGAGGCUGUCUGUGCUGCUGGCGGACAGCGUGCUCGCUGCUGCGCCAUUCCUGUUGCCGGCCAGGAUUUGCUCUGCCAGACGCCUGCGGGGAUCUAA